GCAAACUAACCUCCUCUGUCACAAGACGUGUUUCAGUAAAAAUUAGCGUUGUGUCGCUUCUUUGUAACUCAAUAUCUUUUUUUAGCUUUAUUAAUCACAGUGCUGCUCUUUUCUUUUGAAACCCUCAGCCAAGCUAGCUCGUUUUCAGCGACCUUGUUCGGUUUGCAGCUCGUCUUGACCUUAACCGCUAAAGUUACUUGUAUCAGACGCUGAAUCACCGCCAGCUCCUUUGGUUGACCUGAAGUCCAGUCGUUAUGUAUGCCUGCGCUAAGUUCGUCUCCACGCCCUCUCUGGUCCGUGCUGGAUCUCGGGCACUGUACAGGCCGCUGUCUGCAGCAGUAGUGUCAGAUGCCAGGAAAGCAGAGACUGCUUCCCUCCUGCCACCACAGAGUUUCAUUGCCUCCCAGCAGCAGGUGGCAGUGCGUGGAUUUCAGACUAGCGCUGUGAGCCGUGACAUCGACACCGCUGCAAAGUUCAUCGGAGCAGGAGCUGCCACAGUGGGAGUGGCUGGAUCUGGAGCUGGGAUUGGAACAGUGUUCGGUAGCCUUAUUAUUGGAUAUGCCAGGAAUCCCUCUCUGAAGCAGCAGCUGUUCUCCUACGCCAUCCUGGGCUUCGCUCUCUCUGAAGCCAUGGGUCUCUUCUGUCUGAUGGUUGCUUUCCUCAUUCUGUUCGCCAUGUAAACCAGUUAGGCAUUUGCUGUAAAGGGAUACAUCACAAUGUUAAUGAGCAGUUCGGACGCCCAUGAAUGGUACUGUGACUUCAGCUAAUCGUGUGGCUUAGGUGACAUCGGUGUUUCUUAAAUGAUUGUGAACCCACUGAUGUAUGAAACUCUGGCAAACCAAAGUCAUUCUUUGACACUGGUUUUGCCAGUAUAUUGUAUAUUUAAUCAAAUGUUUUUGUUAAACAUGGAACCAAUAACAGAAGUAAAACAUUUGAUUCA